CCUUCACCGCGCCCGGCCCUGCCCGUGCGGCCGCCGCUCCCUCCGGGCAGCCCGCCUCGCCGUCCCCGCCCGAUCGCCCGCAGCGGCGGCCGGCGUGUCCCCGCGGCGCACGUACCGCCCGCUCCGAGGGCCACCCGUUGGAUUCCGGAGUUCUAAUUCUGCAGAAAGACCUCCAGGCCUCCAGCAGCCGAAAUGGAACCCAGUAAGCAGGUUCGGAUUUUGCUUCUGAACGAAAUGGAGAAGCUGGAAAAGACCCUCUUCCGAGUGGAGCAAGGGUUCGAGCUGCAGUUCCGGUUAGGCCCCACGCUGCAGGGAAAGGCCGUGAACGUGCACACCAACUACCCGCUCCCCGGACAAGCCUUCCACCGGGACCAGUUCCGCCCCCUGGAGUGGCAGCAUCCGUCGGGCAGAGAGGACGACUCGGACAAGCACUGUGCCCUUCACCUCCAGCAGGCGGGCUCCUUCCACUACUACUUCCUGGAAGGGAAUGAGAAGAGCGGUGGGGGGUACAUCGUCGUGGACCCCAUUUUACGGGUCGGUGCCGAUGACCGGCUGCUACCCCUGGACUGCGUCACCCUGCAGACCUUCCUUGCCAAGUGUCUGGGGCCCCUGGACGAGUGGGAGAGCCGGCUGCGGGUAGCGAAGGAAGCAGGCUACAACAUGAUUCAUCUCACGCCGUUGCAGGCCCUUGGAGAGUCGCGCUCAUGCUACUCCCUCGCUCAUCAGCUGCAACUGAACCCUGACUUCUCAAGACCCAAUAAAAAGUACACCUGGGAGGACGUCGGGCAGCUGGUGCAAAAGCUGAAAAGGGAGUGGGGCCUGCUUUGCAUUACCGACGUUGUCUACAAUCACACCGCCGCCAACAGCCAGUGGCUCCAGCAGCACCCGGAGAGCGCCUACAACCUGGCCAACUCGCCGCACCUGAAGCCCGCCUGGGUGCUGGACCGCGCCCUGUGGCACCUGUCCUGCGACGUGGCCGCCGGCCGGUACCGGGACCGCGGCGUGCCCGCGCUCAUCGAAAACGACCACCACAUGCAUGGCCUCCGGACGGUCAUCUGGGAGGACGUGUUCCCCAGGACGCGGCUCUGGGAGUUCUUCCAGGUGGACGUGGACGGCGCCGUCCGGCAGUUCCGGGACCGCCUGGCCCACGGAAAGAGGGAGGCGGCGAGCCCCCCGGACGCCCAGCGGCACCUGGAGAUCCUCCAGGACCCCGAGUACCGGCGGCUGGGCUGUGCCGUGGACAUAGACCUUGCCCUGGCCACCUUCAUCCCCCACAACGACGGGCCGGCCGCCAUGGACGAGUGCUGCGGCUGGUUCCGGAAGAGACUGGAGGAGUUAAACGCCGAGAAGCGCCAGCUCGUCCACUCCCACCAGGAGCAGGCCGUGAACUGCAUCCUGGGCAACGUGCUCUACGAACGCCUGGCCGGCCACGGCCCCAAGCUCGGGCCCAUCACCAGGAAAGACCCCUUGGUCACCAGGUACUUCACGUUCCCUUUUGAGGAGUCGAGCCUGUCCGCGGAGGAGGCCCUGGCGCACCUGCCCCAGAAGGCGUGCUUCCUGAUGGCGCACAACGGCUGGGUCAUGGGGGACGACCCGCUCCGGAACUUCGCAGAGCCAGGGUCCAACGUGUACCUGCGGAGGGAGCUGAUCUGCUGGGGGGACAGCGUGAAGCUGCGCUACGGGCAGACACCGGAGGACUGCCCGUACCUCUGGGCCCACAUGAGGAAGUACACAGAGAUCACCGCCACCCACUUCCAGGGCGUGCGGCUGGACAACUGCCACUCCACGCCCAUCCACGUGGCCGAGUACAUGCUGGACGCCGCCCGGAGGCUGCAGCCCAACCUGUAUGUGGUGGCGGAGCUGUUCACGGGCAGCGAGGAGCUGGACAACGUCUUCGUCACCAGGCUGGGCAUCAGCUCCCUGAUCCGAGAGGCCAUGAGCGCGCACAACAGCCACGAGGAGGGCCGGCUGGUCUACCGCUAUGGUGGCGAGCCCGUGGGCUCCUUCGUGCAGCCCUGCCUGCGGCCCCUGAUGCCGGCCAUCGCCCACGCCCUGUUCAUGGACAUCACCCAUGACAACGAGUGCCCCAUCGUGCACAGGUCCGCCUACGACGCCCUCCCGAGCGCCACGAUCGUCUCCAUGGCAUGCUGUGCGAGCGGGAGCACCCGCGGCUAUGACGAGCUGGUGCCGCACCAGAUCUCAGUGGUGGCCGAAGAGCGGUUCUAUACCAAGUGGAACCCGGAGGCCUCGCCGUCGAACCCGGGCGAAGUGAACCUCCAGAGCGGGAUCCUCGCGGCCAGGCGCGCCAUCAACGCCCUCCACCAGGAGCUGGGGGCCGGUGGCUUCCUCCAGGUGUACGUGGACCAGGUGGACGAGGACAUCGUGGCGGUGACCAGGCACUCCCCCAGCAGCCACCAGUCCGUGGUGGCCGUGUGCAGGACCGCGUUCCGGAACCCCAAGACCUCCUUCUACAGCAAGGAGGUGCCCCAGAUGUGCAUCCCCGGUAAGAUCGAGGAGGUCGUGCUUGAAGCUAGAACCAUCGAGAGGAACACAAACCCGUACAAGAAGGACGAGAAGUACAUCAACGGGAUGCCCACCGUCACCGUGGAAAUCAGAGAGCACAUCCAGCUCCACCAGAGUGAGAUUGUGAAACACGCCGGCGUCACCACCAAGGGGCCCCACGAGUUCAUCCAGGAGAUCGAGUUCGAGAACCUGUCUCCGGGGAGCGUCGUCGUGUUCCGCGUGAGCCUGGAUCCCCACGCACAGGUGGCCGUCGGGAUCCUGCGGAGUCACCUGACGCAGUUCAGCCCUCACUUCAAGGCCGGCAGCCUCCUGGUGGACAACUCGGACCCCAUACUGAAAGUCCCCUUCACGUCGGUUUCCUCCUGCACGGCGAUCGGCGGCAGGUGGCUGUCCGCCCACCCGUCCGACCAGCCCCGUGUCCUCAGCAUCGCCUCCAGGCUGACGCUGGCCGAGCUGAACCAGGUGCUGUACCGCUGCGAGGCCGAGGAGCGCGAGGACGGCGGCGGCUGCUACGAGGUGCCCCGCUGGGCGCCGCUCAAGUACGCGGGCCUGCAAGGGUUGAUGUCCGUGUUGGCAGAGAUCAGGCCCAAGAACGACCUGGGGCACCCCUUCUGUGACAACCUGAGAGCCGGCGACUGGAUGAUCGACUACGUCAGCGGCCGGCUCCUCUCCCGAUCGGGAGCUGUGGCCGAGGUGGGCCAGUGGCUGCAGGCCAUGUUCUUCUACCUGAAGCAGAUCCCGCGCUACCUGAUCCCCUGCUAUUUCGACGCCGUGCUGAUCGGCGCCUACACCACGCUCCUGGACGCCGCGUGGAAGCAGAUGUCCAGCUUCGUCCAGAACGGCUCCACCUUCGUGAAGCACCUGGCGCUGGGCUCGGUGCAGAUGUGCGGGGUGGGACGGUUCCCCUGCCUGCCCCAGCUCUCGGCCGCCCUGCCCGACGUGCCCUACCGGCUGAACGAGGCCACGCGGGAGCGGGAGCAGUGCUGCGUGUCCCUGGCAGCAGGCUUGCCUCACUUUUCUUCUGGAAUCUUCCGCUGCUGGGGCCGGGACACUUUCAUCGCGCUGCGCGGCCUCCUGCUGCUCACAGGGCGCUAUGUGGAGGCCAGGAACAUCAUCCUGGCCUUCGCCGGCACGCUGCGGCACGGGCUCAUCCCCAACCUGCUGGGCGAGGGCACGGCCGCCCGCUACAACUGCCGCGACGCCGUCUGGUGGUGGCUGCAGUGCGUCCAGGACUACUGCAGCCUGGCGCCCGGCGGCCUGGGCCUGCUCCGCUGCCCCGUGGCCCGGCUCUACCCCACCGACGCCUCCGCGCCGCUGCCCGCCGGCACCGUGGAGCAGCCGCUGUUCGAGGUGAUCCAGGAGGCUCUGCAGAGGCACCUGCAGGGCAUCCAGUUCCGGGAGCGGAACGCUGGGCCCCAGAUCGACCGCAACAUGAAGGACGAAGGGUUCAGCAUCACGGCCGGCGUGGACGCGGAGACCGGGUUUGUGUUCGGAGGAAACCGCUUCAACUGCGGCACCUGGAUGGACAAGAUGGGGGAGAGCGACCGGGCCCGCAACCGCGGGGUCCCCGCCACACCCAGGGACGGCUCCGCCGUGGAGAUUGUGGGCCUGAGCAAGUCGGCCGUGCGGUGGCUGCGGGACCUUUCCCGGAAGAACAUCUUCCCGUACCGCGAGGUCACGGUGCACAGACACGGAAAGGCCGAGAAGGUCUCCUACGAGGAGUGGGACCGGAGGAUCCAGGAGCACUUCGAGAAGCUGUUCUACGUGUCCGAGGACCCGGCCGACCCCAACGAGAAGCACCCGGAGCUGGUGCACAAGCGGGGCAUCUACAAGGACAGCUACGGCGCGUCCAGCCCCUGGUGCGACUACCAGCUGCGGCCCAACUUCGCCGUGGCCAUGGUGGUGGCCCCCGAGCUGUUCACGGCGGAGAAGGCGUGGAGAGCCCUGGCUGUGGCCGAGGAGAAGCUGCUCGGGCCCCUGGGCAUGCGGACCCUGGACCCAGACGACAUGGUGUACUGCGGGGUGUAUGACAACGCCUUGGACAACGACAACUACAACCUGGCGAAAGGCUUCAACUACCACCAGGGGCCGGAGUGGCUGUGGCCCGUGGGGUAUUUUCUUCGUGCAAAACUGUACUUUUCCAAACUGAUGGGGCCGGAGACCCACGCCAAGACGAUAUUCCUGGUUAAAAACGUCCUCUCCCGGCACUAUGUUCACCUCGAGAGGUCCCCGUGGAAAGGGCUCCCGGAGCUGACCAACGAGCACGGCCAGCACUGCCCCUUCAGCUGCGAGACGCAAGCCUGGUCCAUGGCCACGGUCCUCGAGACGCUCUACGACUUAUAGCGGCCGCGGGGGGCGGGGCAGGGGCAGGGCCUUGUGCGGGGACAGGGUGCGUGAAGGCUUUCCAUGGGCGUCGCACGCAUACGCCACGGGCGCACGGUGAGGUCAAGCCUGUGAACGCCAUGUUUGUCUGUUUCAGUGUACGUAGGUAGCUUUGGUUUGAGCCAGAGAGACAGUCAUCAUUACCAAGGGAGUGUUUUCCUCUCGAAUUCAGUCAGUUCCCUUCGGACGCUCACAGAGAACGCGGGUGCGGCCUGGAGUCUGAGAAAAGAGAAGUCUGCGCGCUCCUGUUUGUUCACCGGGAAAUGCAGUGGGAGGCGGGGACCGCGGGGGACCGCCUGGGCUGUGGUCUGACCGACGGCCUUGCCGUUGGCCGCGGUAUUUCUACGCCUUCCCACUGCAUUCAAUAGCUACUCGGUGACUGGUGAGUUCCGGAAGGUCCCGCCUGUAAUGUGCUCAGAGACGGGGCACCGAGGGUCCUACAUGCUUCUGUUUCUUCACGGAUGUGUUAGUAUGUGCUUUAUCAUUAAUACCCACAGUACAUUUAAUAUCACUGAUGCUAAUGAUGCCUAGGAGAGAGGGGAAAAGCCACUAAGCAUGAGGAAUGGAUUUCCCAAAGAACAGUUUUAUAAAGGUCCGGUUUCCUACGAUGAGAUGGUUUACAUUUUUAAAGCGUAAAAACGGCGGGCCUGCGGGUGAGAGCCUUAAGGGGAAGCGCUGUGCUGACUUCCUAAGGCGGAGCAGCUGUUCUCCGUGUGUGUGAGUGCGGACAGCACAGCGGCCGCGGGUCCCGUGAACCCGGGCCGGCCGUGGAGAGUGCAGCCCGGAGAGGAGUGUCCAUUUAAUGAAAAUAGAGAGGAAUCCCGUGGUUCUCUUUAACUCAGGACCACCAUUUCUGACGUGUCUUCAGCUGUCCUUUCUGGGGGUCAGGUGCCACUCUGUGUCUGUGUGCCACGCAAAUAAAAGCCUUUCCUGCGGGUC